AUGGUCGUUGGAUGGUCGUUGGAUUUUAUUAAUUAUCAAAUUAAAGUUUUUUUAAAAUUUUUUAUUAUUCGUUAUUGCAUUAUUGUUAUUAUUAUUAUCAUUAUUAUUAAAUUUGUUUUUGUUUUUAAUUUUUUCAGAUCGGACGAAGAAGAUCCAACCGGUAAUAAAUAUCCACGUUUGGAAGAUGACAGUCUUCAAGACAAAGAACGAUUUGCCAGGGAGAAUCACUGCGAAAUCGAGCGUCGUCGACGAAACAAGAUGACGGCAUACAUAACCGAAUUGUCCGACAUGGUACCAACGUGCAGUGCUCUUGCCAGAAAACCGGAUAAGUUAACAAUUCUCAGAAUGGCCGUGGCACACAUGAAAGCGCUCAGGGGUACGGGUAACACAUCGUCGGACGGCACCUACAAACCCUCUUUUCUAACGGAUCAGGAAUUGAAACAUCUCAUAUUGGAAGCCGCUGACGGUUUUCUAUUCGUCGUCACUUGCGACACGGGUCGAAUAAUUUACGUGUCGGAUUCCGUGACGCCCGUUUUAAAUCAAUCUCAAAACGAUUGGUUCGGAAGUUGCAUUUACGACAACGUUCAUUCCGAAGACGUUGAAAAAGUGAGGGAACAGUUGUCGACGCAGGAACCGCAAAAUACGGGAAGAAUUUUGGAUCUCAAGACUGGAACGGUUAAAAAAGAAGGGCAUCAGUCGUCAAUGCGACUUUGUAUGGGCUCACGUCGAGGUUUUAUUUGUCGUAUGAAAGUAGGAAACGUAUCCUCGGAUAACAUGUCGGUAGGACAUUUAAAUCGUCUUAAACAAAGGAACAGUCUCGGACAAAGCAGAGACGGUCAAAAUUAUGCCGUCGUUCAUUGCACGGGAUACAUAAAAAAUUGGCCUCCGACCGGAGUUCAAAUGGAUCGAGGUGGUGAAGAAGAUGGGUCUCACUGCUGCCUAGUGGCCAUAGGACGCCUUCAAGUGACGUCAACGCCGAACACGAGCGAUCUUUCCGGAUCGAAUAACAACGCCGAAUUCAUAUCGCGGCAUUCGAUAGAUGGAAAAUUCAGUUUCGUUGAUCAAAGAGUCAUGGGUCUCCUGGGUUACACACCCCCCGAGCUUUUGGGAAAAUCUUGUUUCGAUUUCUUCCACGUAGAAGAUCAAACUCACAUGAAGGAAAGUUUUGAACAGGUAUUAAAAUUGAAGGGUCAAUUGAUGUCAGUCAUAUAUAGAUUCAGGGCGAAAAACAGAGAAUGGGUUUGGCUUAGAACUUCCGCUUUCGCGUUUCUCAAUCCGUACACGGACGAAGUAGAAUACAUAGUUUGCACCAACACGACAGCAAAGUCUUUGCAUUCCCAUAGUGAAAAUUCAACAAACGAUGGUUCCAGCGAACCUGUACAAUAUCAACAACCGGGAUUAGAUUACACCAUACAGAGAAGGGAUCCAGUGUAUUCGCACAUGAUUACGUCUGCACAUAUCCAUAAUAAUCAACAAGGUAGACCAGCUAGCGCCCAAAACGUGUACACAAGUUAUGAGCCGACACCGUCACCCAUAACAGGUUAUGGUUCACCGACAACAAGCGGACCAAACAGCAGUUCCGUCCUAAAUCGGAUGUCGAAAACGUCGACGACAAGUCCCACACCGGCGCAAACGGCUUGGAGUCUACGACAGCAACCCGUCACGGAGGGUUAUAAUUAUAGUCAGUUGUCGCCGUCGCGAUCUCCAAGCGGACCUACCUACACGCAAUUAAGCGGCGGAACGAGAGGAACUCCGUAUCAGGCCGCACCCGGAAAUCCAGGUAAGGAAAAAAGGAAAUGUAUGUGGGGUUGGCAAAGUGCAAAUCAAGGUACUGAAGGUACGGAGCCUGGUUCGAGUGGGCCAACCGGGCAUCCGGCCGUAGCUCCAGGACCUCCAGGUCAAGGACCCGUACCAGGACAGCAACCGCAAGAAUUAUCAGACAUGCUACAAAUGCUUGAUCAGGGAGGUGCGAGUUCUUUCGAAGACUUAAACAUGUUUAGUUCGACGUUCGAGUAA